UCUGUCCCAGGCUCCGCCCGGUGCCUUCGGUUUCGAUUCUCGCUCGGCUCGGCCGACCAGUACCGCCCUUCUCCCGCUCCCUCCUCACUCUCUCGGGCCGAGGCGAAGGGGAAAAGAUGAGCGACCCGGCGGUGGUCUGCUUCAUCACCAAGACCCUGUGCGCCCAGGGCGGGCGGAUGAAGCUAUCGGAGCUCCAGCAGCAGAUCGGUCUCUCGGCGCAGCAGCUGGAGGAGACGCUGUCGGCGGCGGGACCCCAGCGCUUCCUGGUGUUGCGGGGCAGUGUCGACGAUGUGGGGGUCUUGGCCGUGUCGGAUGUGCGGCUCUGCAUCCUCAAGGAGUGCGGGGGCUGCGAGCGGCUGCACCUCUGCAAACUCAACCUCAUGGGCAGGUGCAACCAGGGGUCUAGAUUUUGUAAGUACUCACAUGACAUCAUCAGUCCCGAGAACAAAAAAGUUCUGAAGACUCAUCAGCUGUCUGGCCUCGAUGAGAAUGAGCUGCAAGUCCUGCUUCUCCUAAAUGACCCUUUUUUCCUCCCUGAUGUGUGCCGUUUUUACAACAGAAAGGAUAGUACCUGCACCCAGCAAAAGAACUGCAGCAAGCUUCAUGUUUGUUACCAUUUUCUCCAUGGGCAAUGUAGAUUUUUCCCAUGCAAGAGGUCCCAUAACCUCUUGGACAGCCAUACACUGAGGCUGUUGGAAAUUGAAGGCAUUAGUGUGCAGAUAGCUUCAAACAUGCAGACUAUAUAUGACCACAGGCAUGCAGACUUCAUCAAGGAGCUGAGGAACGCGAAAACACCCCACAACAAUCGAAGAGCAAAUGUGUUGAAAAAAACAGCAGUUUCAAGGAGUCAGGAACAGCUGCUUCCUUUGAAGACAGGGAUCACCACACCACAUGUACCACCUUCAGGAGAUGAAAAAGAUAAGGCCUCUGCUAAAGCUUUGGAGGACAAGAAAGAAGAUAACUGUGAUGAGAUAUGCAUAUACUAUGUCUGGAAGUACUGCAAAAAUAAUGAUAAAUGCCCAUUUAAUCAUUACCAUUUGCCAUAUAGAUGGCAGGUAUACAAUGGGACCACUUGGAAAGACCUCUCCAUGAUGGAGGACAUUGAGAAGGCCUAUUGUGACCCAAAAAACAACAGCAUGGCAGGUAGGAACAUUGAUUUCCAGACAAUGACCUGUGAUGAUUCUUUGGUUCGACGCCUCUCUACACCAUCAUCAGUCUCAAAACCCACAUUUACAUUUACCACAAAGUGGAUUUGGUACUGGAAGAAUGAUCUGGGCCAGUGGAUUGAAUAUGGAGACCAGGGAGAAGGGAGUAGUGUGAACUCGCCAUCUUCUGACACCAUGGAGAAUUUGUACCUAUCAGAUCCAAAUGCCACCAUAGAUUUCAAGGCCGGUUUGUAUAAUUACCAGCUAAAUUUUAAAGAAAUGACCCAGACAAACAGCACCUAUAAAACUAAAAAACAGGUUCGCAGGCGACCAAAGUUUGUGUCUUUUGAAGAUGUGCAGAAGCUAAAGAAAGGCCAGAGGGAAUCUACUAUUUCAAAUCAACCCUGCCCUGACCACUGGGAUCCAUCUCCACUGGCUAACUUGAGAUACAAGGCAGUGGAGAUCAGUAGUACAUCCUCUGAAUACAACAAAAUAAAGCAGCUGUUUCUUCAGACUAUGAACAGAUACAAUGUCCUUAAAAUAAGGAGGAUUCAGAAUCCAUCUCUCUGGAAGGUGUUUCAGUGGCAAAGGGAGCAGAUGAAAAGGGAAAAUGGAGGGCGUGAAGUAACUGAAAAGCUCCUGUUCCAUGGAACCAACAGUUCCUUUGUGGAAACCAUCUGCAUUCACAACUUUGACUGGAGAAUUUGUGGAAACAGUGAGAUUACUUAUGGAAGGGGAAACUACUUUAGUAGAGAUGCUUCCUACUCCCAUGGCUCCUGCCAGUCUGCAGGGAAAACAAACACCAUGUUCGUGGCUCGUGUAUUGGUUGGAGAUUAUGUUAAAGGCAACACAACCUAUGUUCGUCCCCCAGCAAAGUCUGCUGAUGGGUUUCAGCUUUAUGACAGCUGUGUGGACAAUGAGUUAAAUCCCUCCAUUUUUGUUGUCUUUAUAAAAAACCAGUUUUAUCCAGAAUAUACCAUAGAGUAUAAUCAGGAGGAAGAAAUAAGACAACAGAUUCACCCAGUAUCUACAACAGUGCAAAAGAAGGAAGAAAUAAGACAACAGAUUCACCCAGUAUCUACAACAGUGCAAAAGAAGGAAGAAAUAAGACAACAGAUUCACCCAGUAUCUACAACAGUGCAAAAGAAGGAAGAAAUAAGACAACAGAUUUACCCAGUAUCUACAACAAUGCAAAAGAAGGAAGAAAGAAGAUGUAUUAUAUCUUAGAGGGAUCAGAGCUGUUUGUAUCCCUUAUGGUACUUUCUGUAUUGCAGGUAUUCUUAUACCUGCUGGCUUCUUUCUUUUUAAUACAAUCCUUUGGAAUAUCAGUCCAAAAUAUUUCUGUGUUGAGGAAGGAGGGCUGGCAAAACAGCCACUGUUGGAUUUUUUCAGAAUAAUUGCCUUGUCUUCUCUUCCACUCUUAAAUGAAGCACAGAGAUUUGCAUAACUGUAGCAAAAAAAUCAGAAUCAUGGGAUAAGAAAUAUAACGCUGCACCUUUUGUGGGCAGAUAAUUGUAAAUGCAUUUUCUUUAGAAAUACAGAGGAUUUCUCUUUGCAAACAGUUCAGUUAAGAGCAAAAAUUAACAGUACAGUAGUUUUUAAGCAAACUACAGUUUUUAGUAAUUAAAGAUUCUCUUCAUGCAGAACAUGGCUGUUCUUGAUCCUCUCAUCUCUCACAGUUCCAAGCAAAUCAAGUGUACUUAAGAAAAAUUUAAAGCUUUCACGGUGCUUUCUUGUUAAGGCUGAUACUAGUUUCGAGUGGAAAACUAAAAAAAUUAAAAAGCUUAUUUUAAAUCCAUGUUCUCAAGUGGAGAGAGAAUUUUGAUCUGUACGCUGCAGCUAGUGUUUGGAUCAGAAAAUUGCUGGAUCAAAUUCUUUUUACUCAUCUGCAGUAACUUGCUCUGUGACCUAUACAAAAGCAGAGCUCAAGGGAAACUGAAAGUUACAACGUAGAAAUAAGUAGGUACUAAAAUUUGAUGAUUUGGCUGCAACCAAAGGCCAUAAGUAUGUAACGUCUGUGCCACAACAAACAAGGCUUUCCAGUCCAUGUGGCCACAUAUUUUCUCAAAGUGAACAUUUGCUUAGCAAACAUUAUAGGACAGAAGAGACACCUUAAGAAGCACAGAUAUUUUCGAUCCUAUUUGCAUACGUUUUUGUUUUUCCAGAAAUAUGACAUGACUGGAAGACAUCAGUCACGUUCUCCCGAGGCCGGAGCUGCUGUCCUAAGACACUCUGUUUCUCAGGUUUGUUGCCCACGCUGCCUCAGGCAACUCGCUGAGAAGUCACUGACAAGUGCAGCUCCUCUUCAUGUUUUGAGGUGGCUGUGGGUGAUCUUGGAUACUGCUUCCCGGGACCCAUUUUUGAUACACUUGCUUGGUCAAAGCAAGUGUACAACCCUACUAACAGCGGUUAAGCUCCUUUUUAUUAAAUUACCUGCUUUUUCUUCUCUCAAUAGGAUACUGAAUUCUAAAAAGGAGUUUGUAAGAUAAUCGAACUGCAGGCCCUCUGUACAAAGUUGUCUUACUCAGGCAGCUGAGCUGUUAAGAGGGAAACUUCUUUAUGAUUAAGCAGUAAUUUUUGCUUUCAGAUAAGCUUUACAGUAGGACAUAUAGCCUUCCAGUUACUUGCAUCUUUGACACAAAUUUGUCAGUCACGUGUGCUACUUAAAGUCUGCGGGUUACCAAGAGGAUGGGGGAAUAUACAUAUCUAGGAAAUCUUAUCAAAAUUACUAUCUUAGAACUAAAUUAAAAUCUACAUCAGUGAUGCAUUAAAAGGGAAAGGUAGUACCCCUUCUAAAAAUCUCUCUCGCUUGUUUGUAGAGUUCCUGAAUCAUUACAUUUUGACAUAUUUGCAAAUAAAAUGUGUUUUCACUCA